CUGGGUUGAAAACUUUGGCCGAGAAGGUCUGGGGCUGCUGUUGGAUGUUUUAGAACGAUUAGUUGAGACAAAAAACCAGGACAAAAUUGUGAAGAGGAGUCAGCAUAAGGUUAUACAGUGUUUGAGAGCCUUCAUGAAUAAUAAGUAUGGAUUGGAAAGAAUUUUGGGAGAAGAGAGAAGCCUUCUGUUGCUGAUCAAAGCAAUCGAUCCCAAGCAAACUAACAUGAUGACGGAUAUAGUUAAACUUCUUUCCGCAAUGUGCAUCGUUGGAGAGGAAAACAUCCUUGAAAAGAUUUUGGAAGCUGUAACAGCAGCAGCAGAAGAAAAGAAUGUUGAUAGAUUCUCUCCUAUUGUAGAAGGUCUUCAGGAUAACUCGGUUCAGCUGCAAGUAGCUUGCAUGCAGCUCAUCAAUGCUCUUGUUACAUCUCCUGACGAUUUGGAUUUUAGGCUUCACAUCAGAAAUGAAUUUAUGCGCAGUGGAUUGAAAGAGAUAUUGCCACGAUUGAAGUCUAUAAAGAAUGAAGCACUAGAUAUUCAGCUGAAGGUGUUCAACGAGCAUAAGGAAGAAGACAUGAUCGAGUUCUCUCAUCGUUUAGAAGAUAUUAGAUCUGAACUAGAUGAAGUAAAUGAUGUUUACAACAUGGUGUGGAAUACUGUUAAGGACACUAGCGCUGAAGGAUAUUUUCUUUCUAUUCUCCAGCAUCUUUUGCUGAUACGAAAUGAUUAUUUUAUACGUCCACAGUAUUUCAAAAUAAUCGAAGAGUGUGUGUCCCAGAUAGUGUUACAUCGCAAUGGAACCGACCCAGAUUUCACGUAUCGUAAAAGAUUAGAUAUAAAUUUCAGCCACUUGGUAGAUACUUGUGUAGAUAAAGCAAGAUUAGAAGAAUGUGAAGAGAGGGCUUCUGAACUUUCAAAAAAAUUUGAAAAAGAUUUUGUAGUUCACCAGGAAACCCAGGCCAUACUGCAAAAAAAAGAAGAAAGAAUCAGUGAACUUGAAGCGGAGUUACAAGCUUUUAAAUCACAGUAUGGCUCCUUGCCACCUGGUUUCCUACCGUCAUCACGUGGAGAUGCAUCUGUUGUUCCACUUGAAGCUGCAGGACCACAUCAACUGCCACCUCCUCCACCUCCGCCGCUGCCUUCUAAUGGAGCAAUUCCACCACCGCCACCGCCUCCCCCUCCUCCUCCAGUUUUGAACGGCUUGGGAGUUCCUUUGGCUUUUGGUGGUGCUCCUCCACCACCACCUCUCCCAGGCUUGCCUGGAGCGCUGUGGUCUCCACCUUCAUGUACUUUGCCAUUUGGAAUGAAGCCUAAGAAGGAAUUCAGACCUGAAGUUACCAUGAAAAGACUCAACUGGUCCAAGAUUAGGCCUCAGGAAAUGACAGAAUCCUGUUUUUGGGUUAAGGCAGAAGAGGACAAGUAUGAGAAUGCUGACAUGCUUUGCAGAUUAGAACUUACAUUUUGUUGUCAAAAAAGGG